UCGGCGCUGAUGCAACAACGCGGCGAAAAUUUCAUCAAUCAAACAUAAUAAUCUGCAGAAAGGAAGAAGAUGCGGGCUGCGACGCUGGUGUUGCUCUUUCUUUGCUCGGCGUGCGGCGCGUUGGGCGCCAAAAUCCUGGCCGUCCUGCCGGUCGCCUCGCCGAGCCACGGAAUUUGGAACCGGGCCUUCCUCGAGGCCCUCGCCGAACGGGGACACCACGUGACGGCGCUGUCGGCCAACCCGAUGCCGAAACACCGCAACGUCCGGCAUAUUUCCAUCGAGAACGGCUACGAGGGCGCCGACGACGUCCCUUUUGCGGAUAUUGCGGCCCUCGACAGCAUCGGAAACACGGUUUUCGUCUACGAGUGGGUCUUCCAGGCCUGCAGGCAGACCAUCAUGGCCAAUGGGACCAAAGAGGCGAUUUUGGACACGAAUGAGAGUUACGAUCUGAUAAUUUACGAAUCAAUGGGUUUGGACUGCUUCCUGGGCGUGCUGCACAAAUUCGCGGGGACCCCGACCGUGGCGGUGUCCGCGUACGGCGUCUCGGUGUGGACGUGCCACACGAUGAAAAUGUGGUGCCCACCCUCGGCCAUCCCCGUCGACUGGCUGCCCGUGCCGCUCGAGAUGGGAUUCUGGCACCGCGUGCACAACUACCUGCUGUCCAAAAUCAUCGACCUGGCCUUCUUCUGGUACCACACUCCGAGGCAACAGGCCGUCGCCGAGCAGCACUUCGGCCCGCUGCCGCCCAUCCGCACCUUGGACAAAUUCGAUCUUUUCCUCGCAAAUUCCGGCCCGGCAGGGGUGGACCACCCCAGGCACCUCCCACCCAACGUCAAAGAGGUCGGCUGCGUGCAGUGCAGGAAAGGGAAACCCUUGGACAAGGACAUACAAGACUUUUUAGACGGCGCAACGAACGGAUUUAUCUAUUUGAGCUUUGGAACAAACAUCAAAAGCAAACUGCUGCCCAAGACGAUGAUAGACACGAUUCUCAAGGUCUUUGGGGAAUUAGAUGUCAGGGUCCUCUGGAAGUUUGAAGAUGAUAAAUUGGCCGGCAAGUCGAGCAACGUGAUGAUUAACAAGUGGCUCUCCCAACAAGACGUUUUAGCCCACAAAAACUGCCGUCUGUUUAUCAGUCACGGCGGCCGUCUGAGCACCCAGGAAGCGAUUUACCACGGCACUCCGCUUCUGAUCAUUCCCUUUUUCGCCGACCAGUACAUCAACGGGCAAAAAACCGUGGAAAAGGGAACAGGAUUGAAACUGCACUACCCUGACGUCAAUGACAUUUCGCUGAAAAAGGCAGUUGACACCAUUUUAGGAGACAAAACGUUUGCUGAGAAAGCGAAGAAACUGUCAGCGAUUGCGCAGGAUGUACCUGAGAGUCCUCUGGAGAGUGCCGUUUUCUGGACGGAAUACGUCAUUCGGCACAAAGGAGCGAAGCAUUUGCAGCCGGCAGGAGCAGAUCUCCACUGGUUCCAAUUAUAUUCUUUGGAUGUUCUCACGUUUUUAGAAAUGUGCGCGUGGGCAGUGAUAAUUAUUGCAAUUGUAGCAUUUAGAGCUGCCUUUAAAAAGGUUCGCGGUACGAAAAAAAUUAAAUCUAAUUGAUUAUUUCGAUUGGUUUUAGGAUUUUAUUAUGAUUAAAUAAAUAUUGAACAAUUAUUUAAUGAAGUAAAUUAUUCCUCUUAAACUAACGUGUGCAGAGGAAAUUCAUUUGGCAAAUAAUGUUAUUCUGAUCUAAUUUAAAGUAGAGCUUUGCAUAGGAAAACAAUUAAAAUCAUUUUGACUCUGCUAUUUUGCAGUCCAAGGAAUAUAUAUUAUAUAUAUAGAUUUUGAAAUUAAUAAACAAUUAAUCUGAUU